UGUGAAAGGCUUGGCGUGUGUAAAUGUGUGUUUGUGUGUUUGUGUUCGGGUUCAAUACAGUUUUUCUCGCAUGGUCGCAAUUCAUCUCAUCGUGGUUUGGGCGACUUUAUACUGCGUGGCGUAGUCAAAUGAGUGAUUAUUAUUAUUAUUAUUAUUGCAUAAAAACUGUAGAGGAUGAAAAGGAGUCGAUCUGAUGCUAAGUUCAGACAGCUAGUUCUGUAUAAGCGCUAAUAUUCAACCUUUCUGAAUUAAUCAUUAAAUUAGGAUGUCGACGAUGCUGAAAAUCAAGUGUAAGAAGAACAAGAUGGUGAGCAGUGGACUGCAGUCAGACAUUUCUGCAUUUUUCUCCAAGGUACAACCAAAAUCCCCCAAAAGAGGUACAGCCAUGUGUACGAGUGUAGAUGUCUCCAAUUUUAUGAAGACCUCUGUUACACGAGACACAACGUUCACGCUCUUCCCUUUCACCAUCCCUGAGACGCCUGAGAGUGAGAAAAAGCAACACCGCCCAUUACAGCCCUUUUCUGAAGGUCCUUGCUCCCCUGUGUCCCGUAGUCCACGUUCCCGAGGCCUCACCUGCAAGACCAAACUAUUAUACAGAAGGUCACUCCAGGCAGAGAACAAGACAAGCCCAAAAUCAGGGGACACAUUUGAAGCAGAGAAUGGUAUUGGUCAUUUUGGUUCAGUUAAACGGCUGAUGCGUGGUUCGGAGACACACCAGAAAGCCAAGCGCCCCAGAACAGGGCAGUUACCAAAAAAUUCUGGAAAAGAAUCAAGCUCAGAGCGAGAUGACUUGAGCAAAUUUCUUCAGAUUAUUCAUGAAACUGCUGACAUGAAAGAUGAGGCAUCAAUGAAAGGCAUCUCAAAGAACAUUGAGAGAAAGUCUGGCAAAGCUGUGAAAAUUUUGACUGAGAAGAACAGUUCAAUAUCAACUCUGUCUGGUAAGACACUGGGAAAUAUGCCUUCAGAGAAGAGGAAUGGUGCCAGUGGCUCAUUCACAAAAUUACCAAGAGUCACUUCUCUUAGAAACAGCUCCAGUGAAGAUGAGAAGGAGAACAUUUCUCUCAGUACAGAGCCAAGCAGGGACUUGGCUGAAAUCUCCAGUGAUAUUCAGUCAGAUCUUGUGGUAUCCUACACUUCAUUGGUGUGCAACAGUGAUGGUGGUGAAAAGAAGGAGAAUGUUUUCAUUUGUGAAAAUGAGAUGAAAUCAAAACAAGUUAAGAACCUUGAUGACAGUGAAAAGGCCAUCACAACCGCCGAGGAGAACUUCAGUAUACUGGACGACAGCUGGUUUAAUCAAGAAAUGGAGCAAAAUUUUGAAGAGCCAGAAUAUAAAAAGUCCAAACUUGAAAAGAAGGGAAGCAUUCCUGAGCAUGUUAUUCUGGCCUCUGGACUACAUAACCGGUACUGGGUUCUAGAUGUGCAAGAAACCACUGGAGCCCAAGGCUACGAUGAGAAGCAUUUAACCAUCACUAGCUCAAAGUCAUCACACCCUACAGAGACCUGCAUUCUAAAGGAUGGCUGGGAGAACACUCCAGUUGCUGUAGGGGACAUUGUUCAUCUGGAAGGGGAGUGUGUUUCUGGUUUAUGGGUGAUUGAUAGGGACUUUGGUUACCUGGUGCUUCUACCUGAUGUGCUCAUCUCAGGGACCAGCAUAGCUAACAGUGUCCGCUGUAUGAGACGAGCUGUACUUGGAGAGAUGUUUAAGAGUUUGGAUGGUGGAAGCAAGCAGAUGCUGAACGGGACCAUAGUUCAUGACAUCUUUCAAAAAGCUGCCAUGUCCUUAGACUUUUCUCGUGAAAAGCUAGAGAAACUGGCCAGUGAAGCCCUGCUCAGCCCAAACUACCUUGGACAAAUGUACAGUCUGAAACUGACUCAAGCAGACAUGCAACAGGAGGUGGAGGAGUAUCUUCCUGCAAUUGCUGAGUGGGCCAAAGUCUAUCUCCACUCCUCUCCACAGGCCAGGCAGAAACAGCUGACUUUCAGACUCCCCAGUGAUGGAGCGCUGAGCCGGCAGGACUCGGACUGCAGCAUCACUGUCACUAAUUUUGUGGACAUUGAGGAGAACAUCUGGUCUCCAAGGUUUGGUCUGAAGGGAAAAAUUGACGUGACUGCAGGGGUAAGGAUCCACCGGCGAGGCAGGAAGCAUGUAGACAAGAUUAUACCAUUGGAGCUGAAGACAGGCAAGGAAUCUAACUCCAUUGAGCAUCGUAGCCAGGUUAUCUUAUAUACUCUUAUGAGCACUGAGAGACGGACAGACGCCGAAGCGGGUUUUCUCGUCUACUUGAAGACUGGCAAUCUACACCCAGUUGUGGGCAACCACAUGGACAGAAGAGAGCUGAUCAAACUGAGGAACUGUCUGGUUCAUCACCUUCGCAACAGUCUCAUCAAGCUGAAGGGCAAAAGCCAAAUGGCAUGUUUACCUGAAGUCAUCUCUGACCAGCAGGCCUGCAAGUACUGCCCACAGAGAAGAAACUGUGCACUUUAUAACAGAGCUGUGGAGAAGGCUCCAGGUGCAUGUCCUUCUGAAGAUCCUCAGACUUUCCUACAGCUUGAGAGUGAACAUCUGAACCAGCUUCACCUGCAGUAUUUCAGUCACUGGUUGCUGCUCUGCAGCUUGGAGGCACUCACCAUGGAGAGCAAGGGAGGACGUCGCAACAUCUGGCUCCAGUCUGCUCAGGAGAGGGAGAAGAAUGGUGGCUGUGUUGGGAACAUGGUAUUGGCAGGCAGGGUGACUGCUCUCUCUGAUGGUGUUUAUGUGCACCACUUUAAGCGCAGGCAAGGAGAGCAUGUACUCAUCACACUGCUGGUCGGGGACAGGGUGGUGAUCAGUGACCAGGACUCCAGGUUCAUCGGUAUAGCUGCUGGAUACGUCACCGAGAUCACAAACACAGGAGUGACAUGUUCUUUGGAUAAAAAUCUCUCUAAGAAUUCUUCAGAUAUGGUAUUCCGUCUGGAUCAAGAUGAAGGCGCUGGAGGCUUGAGCACUCAUCUUGGAAACCUCUCCAUGCUGAUGGAGAACUCGCCAAAGAGUGAAAGGCUGAGGCAGCUCAUUGUGGAGUUUAAGCCUCCUCAGUUCAUCGAUAGCCUCAGCAGUGUGCUGCCCCGAGAGGCCAAGGACACUGUAGCCAACAUUCUGAAAGGGCUCAACAAACCUCAAAAGCAGGCCAUGAAAAAGGUACUGUUGUCCAAAGACUACACGCUUAUUGUUGGAAUGCCUGGUACUGGGAAAACUACCACCAUUUGUACUCUGGUGCGUAUUCUGCACGCCUGUGGCUUCAGUGUGCUCCUGACCAGCUACACGCAUUCAGCAGUAGACAACAUUUUGCUGAAGCUGAAGAAGUUUAAGGUAGGCUUCUUGCGCCUGGGCCGAGCUCAGAAAGUGCACCGUGACAUCCUGCCCUUCACCGAGGAGCAGAAUCGGACCAAGGGAAUCAACACCCUUGAGCAGCUGGAGGAUCUCUAUAACCAAGAGCUUGUUGUAGCCACUACAUGUAUGGGUGUGAAGCACCCAAUCUUCAGCCGACGGCGCUUUGAUUUCUGCAUUGUGGAUGAGGCGUCUCAGAUCAGCCAGCCUGUGUGCUUAGGACCACUCUUCUAUGCCCAGCGGUUUGUUCUUGUAGGGGAUCACCAGCAGCUGCCCCCCAUUGUCCAAAAUGCUGAGGCCAGGGCUUUGGGCAUGGAUGAGAGCUUGUUCAAGCGCCUUGAGCACCACAGUCAGGCUGUAGUUCAGCUAAAUGUGCAGUACAGGAUGAACAGCAUGAUUAUGUCCCUGAGCAAUGCCCUGAUGUACGAGGGCAGGCUGGAGUGUGGCUCGGAGCGGACUGCCAACGCUCAGCUACAGCUGCCCUGCAGGACCGCACUAGAGAGUGAGCUGUGUAUGUGUCAGCCUCAGUACACUGCCUGGGUCCACGCUGCGCUCGAGCCUCAAAAAUCUGUUUGCUUUUUGGACACGUCACAGGUUCCAGCCCUAGAGACUGUGGAGAAAGGUGGAGUCAGUAAUCACACAGAGGCCAUCUUGGUGCACACGCUUGUUAGCCUGCUGCUUAAGGCCGGAUGCAGGGCAAGUGACAUCGGGGUCAUAGCUCCGUACCGGCAGCAGCUCAAAGCUAUCUCCACUCUCUUGGAAGAAGAAUCCUUCAGAGCUGUGGAGGUGAACACAGUGGACAAGUAUCAGGGCCGGGACAAGAGCGUCAUCAUCGUGUCCUUUGUGAGGAGCCAUACAGAGGGCAACCUGGGAGAGCUGCUGAAAGACUGGAGAAGGCUGAAUGUGGCCAUCACCAGAGCCAAACAUAAGCUACUGAUGCUGGGAUCGGCUCCUACGCUGCGUCUCUAUGCUCCACUGGAGAAACUUCUCACUCACAUGCAGCAGGAGAACAUGAUCUUCCAGCUGCCACCUGCUGCUCAUGAGGCACUACCUCGCAUCAAAAUGUGACACAAAGUGGACACACAUACUCUUUAGCUUUUUAUUACUACCUCACACUAAUUGAGUUAAAGACCCAUACACAUGGAAGUUUCUUUGAACCUGAAUGAGAGUUCUGACUGAUAAGUAGAUGGUACAUUGUAAUACCUCAUGAGUAAUAAUUGACUUUCUUUUAAAAAAAAUUUUGGUAGGGGGGAUUGUAUGUAAUUCUUACCUCAUUUUAGUGUUUUCACAUGCUUUUAUUCAGAUGAAAAAUCUUUUAUUUGUAUUUUUUUUACAGAUAUUCUGAGCCAAGUAUUUUGUAUGUAAAUAGUCUUGUGCAUUUUUUUUGUGUUUUUUCCUGUAAUAAAGUUAUUUAAGUA